GUGUCACAGUCAGAUCCCUGCUUGCCUUGCAGUUGAGUUGCCUGCCAAGACCCAUGGGUUGUUCUUCCAACAACCGCCUCCGCACCACGGGUUGUGUACGCCGGCCCAGCAGCGGCCGCAACGCUCUACGCUAUGGCUGCGUCUGGAAUCAUAGACCCAACGAAGGCCGGCAAAUACCCGGUCAUCCUCAGUGACGCCUUGCUGGGCAAGCCUUCCAAAGAGACGUACACCGGCAUUCGAUACAACUACCGACCGCCGCUCUCGUCAGACACUGCCCCAGAGACAGCACGCCUCAAGAAGUCUCCCAAAGAUGAAUCCUACGAUCUCGACUUCGAGGACCAAGGCGACAAGUACCAAUACAGUGGCAUCCGCACAAGCAACGAUGGCAACUACGUGCUCCUCUUCGACCCUGCGCGCAAGGCCUUUGUGCUUCACCGCGUCGACUCUACAUUUCAUAUGAAUCUCACCCGCACGCCGACGGACAGCAGCGCCGAGAGCCUACGCAAGCAGUUCCCUCACCUCGAAGUUAAGAGCGGCAGCCCUGCCAAGAAGCCAAGGGCCAAAGCCACAGAGAAAGCCCGUGCCGCCAAGGCCACGCCGACAAGAGCAAAGGAAGGCAACAGAGCUCCCCAAGGCUCAUCGAAGCCGGCACGCGGCGGCGAGCCCGAGAAAACCCAAGAGACGCUGUUGACGCUGCCUGAUGUCAACGCAACCCCGCCCACCUCUGCCUCGCCGCCAUCACAGCAGGCAGAGAAGAAAGCAAAGCGUCCGGCUCUCUCACCGGUCGAUUCGGAAGAGGAUGACGACGACGACGGCGACGAUGUGCUGACGCUCGAAAUCCCGCGCGGCAACCCGGCCGCCUUCGGGCCCACCAGCAACUUUUCUACAACCUUCAGGCCCUUUUCUGAACUCGCCCGGGAGAUGGCAGGGGACCCAGAGGGCCAGGAGGAGUUGGAGGAAGGUUAUGAGGAAGGGGACGAGUACGAUGAGAACGACGAGGACGACGACGAUGAGCCGCCCCGCCGGCCGCCCAUUCCGGCCAGGCCCUCCAAGACGGAGAGCCCCGUCGCUGUCGAGCCGGAUCGAUACACGUUUGAUGACGGCGAUGAGGAUUCUGAUGAAGCUGGAGGAAAUGAAGCACUCGAUCAGGACUUUGGCGAGCUUGAAGCCGAGUUGGAGAGGGAGUUACAGAACGAUGGUAACGGGAGUGAUAGCUCCGUCAGUGAGGAGGAGUGAGCUGUCCUCCGUUACGAAAAAGAACAAAGCAAGGCUCCAUUGCCCGGUUCUUAUGGCUUUAGUAAGGGGCAGGUGCGUAAGGCGUUCUCGGUUUACAGACACAACGAUUGGCGUCGGAAGAUACAG